AGAGUGGGAUUCUGUGGUCGAAAAGACGUUGGACCACACCAAGAAGGAUGACGGCGAGUUCUGGAUGUGUCUCGACGACUACAUGAAGUAUUAAUGUUUUCAGGAGUAAAGAGUGGGAUUCUGUGGUCGAAAAGACGUUGGACCACACCAAGAAGGAUGACGGCGAGUUCUGGAUGUGUCUCGACGACUACAUGAAGUAUUAAUGUUUUCAGGAGUAAAGAGUGGGAUUCUGUGGUCGAAAAGACGUUGGACCACACCAAGAAGGAUGACGGCGAGUUCUGGAUGUGUCUCGACGACUACAUGAAGUAUUAAUGUUUUCAGGAGUAAAGAGUGGGAUUCUGUGGUCGAAAAGACGUUGGACCACACCAAGAAGGAUGACGGCGAGUUCUGGAUGUGUCUCGACGACUACAUGAAGUAUUAAUGUUUUCAGGAGUAAAGAGUGGGAUUCUGUGGUCGAAAAGACGUUGGACCACACCAAGAAGGAUGACGGCGAGUUCUGGAUGUGUCUCGACGACUACAUGAAGUAUUAAUGUUUUCAGGAGUAAAGAGUGGGAUUCUAUGGUCGAAAAGACGUUGGACCACACCAAGAAGGAUGACGGCGAGUUCUGGAUGUGUCUCGACGACUACAUGAAGUAUUAAUGUUUUCAGGAGUAAAGAGUGGGAUUCUGUGGUCGAAAAGACGUUGGACCACACCAAGAAGGAUGACGGCGAGUUCUGGAUGUGUCUCGACGACUACAUGAAGUAUUAAUGUUUUCAGGAGUAAAGAGUGGGAUUCUGUGGUCGAAAAGACCUUGGACCACACCAAGAAGGAUGACGGCGAGUUCUGGAUGUGUCUCGACGACUACAUGAAGUAUUUCGGACGCACAACGAUCUGCAGUCUUACCCCGGACGUGGACUCGGAUGGCAUCCCCGAUCCUUUAAAUUAUGUUACACACAUGUACGGCGAAUGGCUGGGUAACACGGCAGGAGGCUAUAGGAAUCGACUGAACAACAGCCCUAGAUUUCACUUCACCGUGUCCAAUGAAGGUUUGACUAUCAACGGUUACAUCCCACUGGUCGUACACAUUAUUCAACGAUUCAAACACCGGAAGUAUGACCAGUUCAGCAUCAGAGCCGACGUGUACAAGAUAUUGGGAAAAGAGCUUAGGUUUUGGACUACGGAACUCUUGGGAGAAAACACACGAGUUUACAAGAAAGCAGUUCAGUUGGUGUUUCGUUACCGCAUUCAUCCCGGCGAAUAUCUGCUCAUUCCUACAACCGGUCAUGAGAAGCAGGAGAAAGAGUUUCUGCUUCGGAUUUUCACAGCUUGCCCCUUGAACGACAUAAGAAAAGUGGGGCCAGAAGUUACGUUGUGCUCGUGUGAUCAGGAGACUUAUGUCGAACAAGAUGAUCAAAUAUAUGCACUCACUCUAAAUACAACUCUGUUUGGGCAGUGGAUUGCUGGCGAGAACGCUGGAGGCCAAAUUGGCAAUCAAGAUACGUUUGCUACCAAUCCGCAGUAUGCUUUCAGUGUCCAAGAUAAAGAUGAGCCCGUUGUGUUUCACUUGUUGCAACACCCGACCUCAACACAUACUGUUGGAAUCCUCGUUAUUCCACUGAAGACCGAUCCUCCAGUUAGUUCGCGCUACCUGUACCGAAACUUCGACAGCUGCUUGCUCACCGUCGACGGUAAGGCGACUCGCUUCCUGCCUUCUCUCGACGUCGAGGCCAGGUACGUGCUGCCCCCUGGCGGCUACUUGGCGAUGGUGUUCACGGACGCUCCCAACACGGAGACGAUGUACUCGCUGCUGGUUAGAUCUCAGACCGACCUCUCAAUCAUGGAAUACCACACCGGUACCGUCUCACGAAGAUCUAAACGUAACACGGAGAAGAACGAAAAAGAAAAAAAAUAACGACCCAAACCAGUGACUGUAAAUCUUUGCUUCUCUAGAAUAUAUUUUAUGCAACAAAGUCAUUAGUAUCCGCUGGUCAAAAUAACCCCAACAACAACAGCAACAAAAAACGAUAACCCUACAGUGGUAUUAAUUAUUUGAAAAGUGUAGGGACUGAUAUUUCACACCCAAUACUAGAUGGAUAUUGGCCACCUUCAGCGGAACGUUUAGGCCGUUAGGCCAAAUAUUAUUAAAAUAGCAAAAUUGUAGGGGGUGGGGGUGGGGGGUGGGGUGUGUGGGAUGCGACUCCAGAUUGGAAAGUAAUAAGUGCAAUUUUUUUUUUUUUAAUUAUUUAUUAUUAUUAUGUUUUAUUAUUAUUAUUAUUAUUAUUAUUUUAUUAUUAUUAUUAUUAUUUUCGGGGAGGGGGCACCUGAUAUACUGUUACCAGUGUUUUUAAUGUACAUGGAAAUAUGGAAAUAUUUAUAUUCCGCAUUUUUUAAUAUUUAUUAUGUCUUUCAUAACUCAAAAUGUUUUUAUGACACACAUCUUUAUACACAGUACAUUCUACCAUUCAAUAAAUGACCUCAUUUUU